CAACUUUCGCGGCUGAAAGACAGCGAGCAUGACUUCUCCGUUCUGAGGCCGUUUCUGCCUGCCUUACCAUCAACGCUCUGACGCCCUCUUGUAUCCGAAUACAAGGCGCAGCGAAAACAUAUGCAGAGCCUGCAAGACUAGCAGGCACAUGGCGGGUCCUCAUACCGUAGGCGGCAGUGUCAUGUCAGCCUUCAAGACAAGGGCGGCCUGUGACGAGUGCAGAACGAAGAAGCUAAAGUGUCCCGGGGAACAACCACAAUGCUCUCGAUGUGUACGCGAAAACAUCCCCUGCGUCUACUCUCCACAGAAACGAAUGGGACGACCGAAGAAGAGACGCAGGACAGAUGAGGCGGAAGAAGACGAUGGCGGCCAGCAUGCGAGCGAUCCCACAUCGAGCGUAGCAUGGCCCGGAAACACCGAUACCGAUGCCUUCUGGAACACAGCUUUCGAGACUCAGCUUGGCGUACAACCCGACGCAGCUGACUGGAACUGGCCUGUCCCAGCUCUCACGCCCGACAGUGGCUCUUCAUUAACCCACAACAACGCACCCGCCACCACUCCUCCCCUCCUGACUCUCCCACCAGAACUCCAGAACACAGCUACUCGAUUCCCUCCACCAACCAACACAGACACAUCCUCCGCCCUCCUCCUCGACCCCUCCCUCACCGGCCUCCCAACCUGCGCCUGCCUCUCCAACCUCUACCUCACCCUCUCCACCCUGUCAAGCAUGGACCCCACCUUCCCUUUUCCCGCCUCCUUGCAUCCUCUCCGCGAAGCAAUGACCACCGCCUCCCAAGUUCUCGAAUGCACAGAGUGCCCCAAGAAGUUCAUCACGGGCGUGCAAAACACGCAGCUCGUCGGGACACUGCUCACGUCCAUCGCCGAGCGCUUCGGCAAGAUCCUGCUACGCAUCACCGCCGAUGCCGAGCGCGCUGAACGCGAGGGCGAGAAGAAGAGUCUCCCGCUCAGCUCGCUGUCGACUAGCACUUCACACCUGCAUGCCGAUUCCCUCGGCACGUGUCUGACGGCCUUUUCCGUCUCCCUCGAGCCUGCGGAGUGGCGACGCUUGGCCAAGAAGGUGGUGAGGGCGGAGGUGUACGGACCUCUAGAUGAUGCGGGCGGUGCUGGCGGCAACGGCGAGUUUGGGUGUUGCGCUCACUUCCUGGGCUUGACACGGCAAAUGUCGGAUCGGCAGCAUCGAUGGCACUCGGCGGACUUCGACAUUCCCGAUGACUUCCCUCGACACCCUGUUACAGGGCUGAAGUUGGGUGGGAAGAACGUCCCGAAGGAGGAUCACAUAUGUCUGAAACUGGCGAACUUUGCAGAGAAGUUGGUAGAGGGGUUCGAUUGGAGCUGAAAUGAUAUGAGACGAACAAUUCAUUGAAAAGUGUAUG